GCUCGGCUAUCUUCGUUGAGGAUCGUGCGCUCGGCUCGCCCAAGCUUCGGCAAUUUCCGUACUAUCGGAAAGCGCCAUUUUGUUACUGAGUCGAGUCGGUGGCGGUGCUGUUCAAGAGCGUUAUUAGAGCGUUGUCCGAACUGGCAAUGGACGGCAUUGUUACUGAUGUGGCAGUUGGCGUUAAGAGAGGAUCAGACGAGCUGCUUUCCGGAAGUGUGCUUAAUGGCCCUAGCUCUAAUAUGAGCAAUGUAGUUGUAACUGCCAAUGGUAAUGAUACCAAAAAGUUCAAAGGAGAUGAUAAAAUGGAAAGUACCCCUUCUAGAGUGCUUCACAUUCGAAAACUUCCUGGGGAAGUAACAGAAACCGAAGUCAUUGCUUUGGGGUUACCAUUUGGAAAAGUAACCAACAUCCUAAUGCUGAAAGGGAAAAAUCAGGCUUUUUUGGAGUUAGCUACCGAAGAAGCAGCUGCCACCAUGGUAAACUAUUAUACUACUAUGACACCUCAUCUACGCAACCAGCCUAUAUACAUUCAGUACUCAAACCAUAAAGAACUAAAAACAGACAGUGCAUUAAAUCAGCGUGCUCAAGCUGUACUUCAGGCUGUAACAGCAGUCCAGACAUCAAAUUCAUCUGUGGGUACAACUCCGGGAAGUGAGAGUGUGUUAUCAGCACAAAGCCCGGUAUUGAGAAUAAUUAUUGACAACAUGUAUUAUCCCGUCACACUCGAUGUCCUCCACCAGAUAUUUUCUAAGUUCGGUACUGUGUUGAAGAUAAUCACGUUCACAAAAAACAAUCAGUUUCAAGCUCUGCUACAGUAUGGAGACCCUGUUAAUGCACAGCAAGCGAAACUCGCUCUUGAUGGUCAAAAUAUUUAUAACGCUUGCUGUACCCUACGGAUUGAUUUUUCUAAAUUGGUAAAUUUAAAUGUCAAGUACAACAAUGAUAAAAGCAGGGACUAUACUCGUCCAGACCUCCCAUCUGGAGAUGGGCAGCCUGCGUUAGACCCUGCUAUUGCUGCAGCAUUUGCAAAGGAGACCUCUCUUUUAGCUGUUCCAGGUGCAUUAAGUCCUUUGGGAAUUCCAAAUGCAGCAGCAGCCGCUGCUGCAGCAGCCGCUGGUCGAGUGGGAAUGCAUGGAGUUCCUACCAGUAGCAACACUGUGCUCCUUGUAAGCAAUUUGAAUGAAGAGAUGGUUUCGCCCCAAAGUCUGUUUACCCUCUUCGGUGUUUAUGGAGAUGUGCAGCGCGUGAAGAUUCUGUACAAUAAGAAAGACAGUGCGCUUAUUCAGAUGGCUGACGGGAACCAGUCGCAGCUAGCAAUGAGCCAUCUUAAUGGCCAGAAAAUGUAUGGGAAAAUUAUUCGGGUCACCUUGUCUAAACAUCAAACUGUCCAACUACCUCGAGAAGGUCUUGAUGAUCAGGGGCUUACAAAAGAUUUUGGAAACUCUCCUUUACAUCGUUUUAAAAAACCUGGAUCAAAAAACUUUCAGAAUAUCUUUCCGCCAUCUGCAACACUUCACCUAUCGAACAUACCGCAAGCCAUAACUGAAGAAGACUUGCGUACACUUUUUACAAACACUGGAGGCACUGUGAAGGCAUUCAAGUUUUUUCAGGAUCAUAAGAUGGCUCUUCUUCAAAUGUCUACAGUUGAGGAAGCUAUACAGGCGCUGAUUGACCUCCACAAUUACAAUAUCGGAGAUAACCACCAUCUGAGAGUUUCUUUUUCAAAAUCAACAAUUUAAAAAUGCAGAGCAUCAGGAUUUAUUGCAUCAAGUGUAUUGUCACCAAUAGACUGUUCAGGAAAGUGGGGACCAGAGUCUUUGUUUUCCACUCUAUUAUCAUUCCUUAGUUCAUUGAAUGAUUCAUUACAGUGCAGUUAAUUCUAACUGCACAUUUUCCAAGAUGACUAGGGAUGCUAUUUUUUCCUUCAUUUUACAUGCAUUUUUUUUUACAUACGUGAACAUGUGCCUUAAGGAAUAAUAGGAUUUUUAAAGUGUUACCACUUAGGAUAUUGGCGAAUUGUGGUGUUCAGGGCACAUUGUUUCGUUUUACUAUAAAUAUUUUGCACCAACUGGUGUGUAAAAAGGUUACGUUUUGAGUUAAGAACUUUUCUGUCGCUGACCUCAAUUUUCUAUAUCUAUGGUUUUUCUUUGCUUAAAAUACAUUUGCGAUGAGGUAAUAUCAGCAUUUUCUUCACUCUUGGCCUUCAUAGUUUGUGUACUAUGAGUUCAAAUCAUUUAGGGAGAUAAAGAUAUUUUAUUUUUUAUAAAAGGCAAGAAAAAUCCCUAGAAGUCUUAGCUGCGCGUGGUAAACAUUAUUAGAAUCUGAACCUUUUUGUACACACUCUAGUGAAACGUAUCAUUUAAAUGUUGGCACUAAAGUAACGUCUUGUUUGUGAUUGAAUAUUUUCUGUAGGUUUUUUGAAUUUGACAUGACUGAUGUGCAUUUAUCUUUAUAUUGCCAUUUUUGUUUGUAAUUAUAAUUCAAGGUAUGGUCAUGGUUUUCUGACUAUGUAAAAACUGGUCUAGAGAUUUUUGACUGGUGCAUGUGUCUUACAAAGAUAAGGAAAGCCUAUGACAAUGGAAGAAUUUGUGGCAUUUUUUUCUCCUUAAAGAAGCUGACAACCAGGUGGGACCAAAGUUAAUGUGCCUUUAGUCUUAAUUUACUUUACAUUGUAAUAUUUUUUUUUUUUAAAUCUUCAAAAUAUUUUGUAUUUAGAAACAGACCUGAAUAUAGACAUUGCUCGGAAUCUACAAUUUACAAUCUGAAAACAGUUCAGCUUUCACCUGGGCUGUUGGAUUGGUUCUGUAAGAACAAGUACAUUUUUUUAAAUUAAUGUAUUUGGUUUAAAAAUUUACAGAUUCUGUUGUGUAUGUAGAAAAAAAAUGUUCAUGUAUAUUUUCUAUUAGUUGAGUUUUUACAUCUUUAGAAAUGUAAAAUUCACUAUAGUUUGAAAUCGGCACAAUUAAAAAUUAAUUUUCUAACAAAGUUGGAAGGUUUGAUGGUUGUUUGAUUUCAUCUUGUGUACCCUGCUUACCUCUGUAGCAUGCUCAAUAAACACUUCUAUAUCUCUGUUCA